GUUGCACCAAUGUGCAGUUUAUUUUGGGGAAAAAUCAACAAAAUCCUGAUGAUCAUCUUCAUGAUCUUACUGAUGUUUGCUAUAUUGUUUGGAAACUUUCUGACUUUGGCCGUGGUGCUUGGAACGAAGCAUUUCCACACACCUCAGGGUUAUCUGAAAGCCUCUCUGGCGGUGGCGGACCUGGCCGUGGGGCUGCUCGUGGUCCCCGUGUCCGUGUACGCAGAGGUGUCGCUCGUGCUGAAGGACGCAGCUGCAGCUCCAGCAUGGACAGCGCAGGACUCCCAGCACACCGCAUCCCUCCACCCGUGCGCCAUCAUCGGCCCCGUGUUCGCCGGCUGCACGCUGGUCUCCAUCACCACAGUGUUUCUGCUCACCAUGGAGCGCAGCAUUGCUGUCCUGAAACCUUUACACAAAGAAUCCGUGAUUACAAGAAGACGAACCAUGAUGCUGAUCGGGUGCUCUUGGACAGGGAGUUUUUUCCUCGCUCUCUCCCCUCUGAUGUUUAACAAGCACAUGGUGCUGGAGUAUAACGCCUGCAGCAGGAUGUGCAACUACGCAUCAGGAGGGGAUGAGUUUCAGUCCCAAGCUUGGCACAUCCUCUUACUGUUCCCAGCGUUUGAUUUCACUCUGCUCGUAGGGACUGUGGUUACGAACAUUAUCUCCUUCACUACGAUCCGCCAUCACUCCAAGAAAAGAAGGCGUCUGACCCGAGCAGCUGAACAAACCGCAUCAGGACCGAGUUUCUCCGACAUCAAGGCUGCAAAAACAAUCGGCGCUCUCACUCUGGGCUUCACCGCCUCCUUCACUCCUGUCGCGGUGUUUGUGGUCGGAAACGUGGCUGGAAAUCAGUGGUGCACUUUCUCCUUUUUUGCCUUCUGGAUUCUGGCCACAAGCAGCUGCUGGAAUGUCAUCAUCUACAGCGUGAGGGACCAGAAGUUCAGACUCCGAGCACGUCAACUUCUCAUGUUCUCGAAAAUAAAAACUUCAGCCUAA